CCUCCAAAUAGAUAUACCGCGGAUCCUGGAGGUACACUCCCUUUUACUGCUUCUCCUGCGUUCCUUCGUAGUAAACUCCUCAUUUGUUGUCAAGUUCAUCGGUUGUUACUGGCAAGACUCUGAAAUGCAUAUGGAGCCUAUGAAUGUUGGACUGGUUAACAUUCCAGUGAACUUGGAGCUUGUGAGCACAGAGGCAAUGGAUGCAGAAACAUUACCAAUAACUACAAGACGCAGGAGAAAGAAAUCAAUGGUCUGGGAACACUUCACUGUUGAAGUUGUAUCUGGUGGACAUACUAAAGCUCGCUGCAAAUUAUGCAAGAAAACCUUUGCAUACAGAAAUGGUUCUAAGGUAGCAGGUACUAGCCAUCUUAAGAGGCACGUUUCACUGGGUUCCUGUCCUAAGAUUAGGAAUGAAAGGCAAAAACUUCCAUUAACUUCCGCUACAAAAAUUGAGGGUGACACAACUGAUCCACCCAAAAGACGCUGUAGAACAUCUAGCAUGCUCAAUGCUUUUGAUCAGGAACAUAGUUGCACAUGCCUUGCAAAGAUGAUAAUAUUACAUGAGUACCCACUACAUAUGGUUGAAAACUCCGCAUUUGUGUCCUUUGUUCAGAGUCUGCAAUCACAACUUAACAUUUUUUAUGCUAAUACGAUGGAAGGUGAGAUCUUAUCUAUAUACCGCAAAGAAAAACAAAGUAUCAUGCAUACCUUCCAGAUCAUGCCCUGGGAGGAUCAGUCUAACUGUAGGACUGUGGACAACCAGUCAGACUCUUGGUUAUAUUUGCCUCAGUGGCCAAUUCAUUGACAGUGAGUGGAAGUUGCAUAGAAGAAUGCUUAAUUUCUUUAUGGUAUCCUCGCCUCAUUCUGAAAAUGCCCUGAGUGUGGCAAUUAGUAUUAGUCUUUCAGAUUGGAAUAUGAAGAGUAAGUUGUUCAACAUCACUUUAGACAAUAACUGUUCGUCGCAUGACAUCUAUGGUGUUAAUCUCAGAGAUCAUCUUUCUAACAAGAAUGCCCUUAUGCUGAAAGAGAAAAAAAUUGAUGAAAUUGCCUCGCAAACUGGAAUUCCUGUCGCAAAGGUUCUUUCUCUUGAUGUUACAACUCUGUGGAACACAACUUACCAUAUGUUAGUUGCUUCGUUGGAGUACAGACAUGCAUUCACUUUCUUAGAGACCUGUGAUGACAACUACAAUGAAGCACUAACAGAUGAUGACUGGAAGAAGGUGACUGUCGUGUGCACAUUCUUGAAACUUUUGUACGACUCUGCAAACACUGUCAUGACAACAUUAGAUCACACUGCAGAUAUAUUUUUCCAUGAAGCGUGGAAAAUCCAGCUAGAGUUGACUAAUGCAAUUUCAAGCGAGGACACAAUUGUGAGCAGCAUAGCUAAGAAGAUACAUGAAACGUUUGACAAGUAUUGGAAAGAUUGCAGCCUUGUUUUGGCAAUUGUUGUGGUUGUGGACCCGCGCUUUAAGCUGAAGCUUGUUGAGUUUUGUUUUUCCAAGAUUUAUGGUGAAGAUUCUGCUAAAUACGUUAAAGUAGUUAAUGAUAGUAUUCAGAAAUUAUAUAUAGAGUAUACUGAUCAGCAAAUUUGGAAGGGGAACCAUGGUCAUAUACAUGUGUUCACUCGUGUACCAUCUAUCCAUGUCACCUUUGCACAAGCGGGAUGCAAUCUCGUCCUCUAUACUGGAUACUUAGCUAAGGUAGCAUCCAGCACUGCCUGUUAUCUCUGUCCAACUGCUCGUGUGUCCACAUCAUCACUGUUCACGCUAUGUCCUGUAUCCAACAAGCAGGUUCCCCGCACCUCCUCCAUGUCUCUCGCAUCUCCCAUGUGUGUUGUGAGUCUCCAGUGA